AAAAGCUCAUGCCAGAGCAAUAACAUCACUAAACGCACCAACACACAGAUUCAUUUUAUUGUGACCACCGCAGAGUGUACCAGUUCUACUCUAGUGAUGGUGUCAAACAUGAUGAACGAAGAAGUCACCACACAUUUACUCUCGCCUCCCAGCACACCCCCUAUGAAAAAUAUAUCCGAUGAAGAGUCUACACUUCAGUCCGUGCGAAGCCUUUUGGAGAGGAAACGGGCCUCUCCAAUCCUCCUCACCCCCCAGCCCUCAGACUCCGAACCCGAGGAAUUAGACUACCCUCCAAAAAAACGUUUUUGUAAAAACGAAACCGAGCUCGCCCGCCACCUCUUGAGUCACACUCCACCCCCCGAACCCCCUCGCAAUUUCUCCGUAAUAAUGCACGCCAACAAAGACGGAUCCUGUACACGCGCCCCUAUCCCUGUCGAGCCACAAAUGAACAUCCUGCGCAGCCUCAAAUUCAAAAUGGGGACUCGCAAGGAGGACAUCUUCGUCAACAGCAAAGAUACAGGCAAAGAACCCCCCAAGCCGUCGAAAAUCAUCCUUCCCGCCAUCGCCCCCAAGUUCAAUCAAACGCAGGCUGUGUUUCUGGCCGCUGACGGGACGACCACGUUCAUCCCCGGGGCUCAACUGGUGUUGCUAACGCCGACGCCCCCGCAGCCGCCCCCACCGGCCCGUCGCAGAGUGUACGAAUGCACGUUCAAGGGGUGCAAUAAGAACUAUUUCAAGUCGUCGCAUCUCAAAGCACAUAAUAGGAAACACACAGGGGAGAAGCCCUACAAGUGCGAGUGGGAGGACUGUGGGAGGAGGUUCUCCCGUUCGGAUGAGUUGUCUAGGCACAAGAGGACUCAUACUGGCGAAAAGAAGUACAAGUGUAGUUUUUGCGAUAGAGGAUUCAUGAGGUCGGAUCAUUUGACCAAACAUGUUAAAAGACAUACGAAAGACAGGGCAGGAAUGCAACCCCAGAAAAUGUUCUUGCCUGGCUUGCUGAGGCCACUGCAACCAGCGCCAGUUUAAGACUUUCUCUCGAUUAUUUUGUGCCUAUGUUGCUGCUGAUUUUCUAGGUUUAAUGCAAAUUCGCACGACUGAUUUCUCGUUGUAAAUACAUUCCACUCUUCAUCGAGUCAAUUGUUACAUUUACAAUGUUAUCUGUGAUUUUUUAUAUUAUUUAUUUUAGAAUAGUGAACACUAACUGUAUUAAGUCACUUGUGUAUUAUGUACCUUUAAAAUUAUUGUAUUUAUAAGAAAGAAAUAGAUUUUUUAUACAGUUAAAA